CAACGGGCAUCUUGUACCGCCACUUGACGUCGAAAAAUGCCUUACGAUAAGCUCCAGAACAAUGCUGCCAGUCGGCCACAAAUACCUCAAUUGGGCAACGCCAAAAAGCCGACAAAGCCUCCAAUUACCCCGAGAAUUGCAGCGUCGGCCACCCCCUCUAGGUCUCCGGUUUUACGGCGAGGCGCUCAAAGUGAAACCGCCACGAGUUCGCAGCAAGUUUCGAAAGACGACUUCUCUACCCCUGUGAGAUCAUACUUGAACGCGAAUAUCACACCGAGAUCAUCAGCUCGUCAAGCCAGAGCUGAGAGCACGCAUUCAACUCCUUCAGCGUCCGCAUACUCUACACCCUGUGUACCGAAACCUCCCAAUGUGGCCGCGGAAGGAUAUCGUGGGGGAUAUGAUGGAAACAAUCGCAGUCCCGGUCUCGGCAUUGCCGGAGUCGAGGAUAAUGCACAUGUCAGACCGAGGAGUAUGCUUGGAGAGAGUAAACACAUCAAUGUCUCGUCUGGAUCCAGCUCCGUAGAGUCUGGGCUCUCACGAAGAAGUCGCGAGAACUCUCCCAUGUUCUUUCAUGCGAACGAAGCGAAGAAUCUCACCUCUUCCAGAGAGCAGGUUCCGAAACCUCGGCCGCAAAGCAAGACGUCUGGCUUUUUUUAUGCCAAUGGACUUUCUGAAGCCGCACCGCCUGUUUCUGCUCCAAAUACUGUCACUACAACCCCGCAAGAACGUUCUCAGCCGAGAUUCUUCCACGCAAACGGCACCCCAGAAGCCGAGACACUUCCUGCCUCUACAAGAGAACUUUCCUCAACAACGUCCCCAAGGAUUGUUCUCUUCGAGAAUGAAAAGGAACUUUCGCGGCCGCAGAGUCCACUCUCUCCCGCUAGCGGGCCGCAAAUAACUUCUCCACGCUUGGCCGGGACCUUGCCUCCACUCUCAUCAACUAGUCCAAGAUCAUCCAUCUCAUCUGCUGCUGGGAUUUUGCCCAGCAACACUGCCACUAUACUUUCAAUCAUCGGCCAGUCUGCCAACGCUGAUCGGUCAGCGAACAAGUUUCGCCACGGCAAGUCCGCCAGCGUCGGAUCACUGGACACAAAUGCAUCUGGACGGCGAACGUUUGCUGCGGAGUCUCUGCAAAGCGCUUCACCUCCCUCUGGAGGACUGGACCCUACACCGCUGCCGAAUUUAGCCGCCGCUACUGAAGCUAUAGUUGAGCAGGAAGAAUCAUCUUUUGGUACAUCUGAAGCGGCAGAGCAAUUGAAGCUUGCCACCUCCGUGCCACCUAGUCCGAACCCGUCUCAGACGGUUCCAAUGAAUCUCCAGCAGGCGAACGAGCUUGCCGCAAACGCCCGCCGUGAGCGAAAAGUCCUCGACCUCGAAAUCACCAACUCAUCCCUCCUUGCAAUCAACCGAACACUCGAGCGAGAAAUGCGCAAGCAAAGCGCCGAGCUCAGACGAUUCCGCCGACUAAGUAGAUCGGGACGUCUCUCAAUAGCAAAUUCCAUUGCUUCGAGUAGUAGGCUAUCCACCCUGGCCGAAAACCAGGACGAGACCGGCGACGAGGAUCACUUCUCGGAAGACUCAGCCGGUGGUGAAAAUGAGAGCGACACAGAUAUCUCAGAAUCAGAUGACUCUGGAAGUGAAAGAUCCAUGAGUCCUGGUGCGGCUGCAGAAAGUGACGCGAGACACCGUGAACAAGACGAGAAGCGCCUUCGCCUAGACCUCGCAAAACACCAAGAACUCCUCGUUGACAGCCAAAAGAUGAACCAGAGUCUCAAGCGCUGCUUGGGACUCACAGAGGAAUUGAUUGCCGAAGGUCGCAAGGCACUAGAUUACCAGAUUCACGUUAGUGAUGUCCAGCUUGGUGGACGCGUUCUCACACACGACGACCACCAUCAUCACGAUGAGGAAGAUCGCUUGAAUUCUGCUGAACAUCGGUAUCAAGCUUUCGAGGAUUGCCUGUCCAGCACCUGGAAAGACAUUGAUCAGAGAUUAUCCCUCGAGAGCGACGGCGCUGAUCGCGAUAGCGGUGUUGAACUCGAACAGCCCGCAUGAUAUGGGAUUCCCGCACAGGAGAAACUUUUCCACCC